AUGGUCUGUCACUCCUUUUUCCAGCUCGUGGUCCUUGUUACAUCCCUAUUCCUGCAGGUUCAGUGCAGCCCCUUUGCGCUUCAGAAGCGAGGCGCCUGCGCCACCGAAGAUCCAGACGACGUAUUUCUCAAUGAAGUCGGUCGCUUGAAGUCGGGUGAGGCCAAUUUUGUCAAUUCACAGGCCCGGAAGGCCCCUAUUGAGAUUGAAACUUGGUUUCAUAUCAUCAGCAGCAAGGCUGAGUCGACGCAGGUCUCUGAUGAUAUGAUCAAUGCCCAACUCUCUAUUCUGCAACAGUCAUAUACAGACUCUGAUAUCACAUAUCGUUUGCGAGGUGUCACUCGCCAUGUGAACGACGAGUGGGCGCGCAAUGGGGACGAUAUCGCGAUGAAGUCUGCACUUCGCAAAGGAACGUAUCAAACCUUAAAUGUGUAUUUCCAAACAGAUUUGCAAGCGUCCCCCGGGCAAUCCGGACGUGCAGUUGGAAACCGGGGUGCUAGCGUCAACCAUGAUCUAACAUCCAGUGUUCUGGGAUUCUGUACACUGCCUGAUCCGAGUGUCAACGCCAGCAGCCCUGCUUCCGAUUAUGUAAAAGAUGGCUGUAACGUUUUGGCGAAAACAAUGCCUGGUGGCUCACUGGAUCUUUACAACCGUGGAGGGACCGCAAUUCACGAAAUCGGACAUUGGAAUGGUCUCCUGCACACCUUUCAAGGGGAAUCAUGCUCAGCGGACAACCCAGGAGACUAUAUCAAUGACACUCCCCAGCAAUCUACGCCUACAGAUGGUUGUCCUGCUAGGAAGGAUUCCUGCCCCGACUCCCCCGGACUAGAUGCGGUACAUGACUUUAUGGAUUAUUCGUCUGAUGUAUGCUAUGAGCGCUUCACACCCGGACAGGGAGAGCGCAUGCGAAGCAUGUGGGCCUCAAUGCGACAAGGGAAGUAG